AUUUAUCCGCUCUAUUCAUUGGCGAAAGUACAUGUAAAUUGUACAGCUGUGAAGUAGAGCUGAAUUUAAGUUAAGAGAGACAGUGCUAUAGAUACAGAUAUAUACGCUGAGGGUCGAAUUGACUGAGUGUGAAUGGCCCCUUAACGCUUUACAGAUUUUUCCCGUACGUUACAAAUAGCAUCUCAAGAGUGCGCUAGAGUAUGCCUGAGAAUGAGAAGUAUAUAAAAAAAUGGUGAUUAUUUGGGUGUAGUCGGGGCUAUUUUUCGCCAGUAUAAAUGUGAGUAAAAACGUGUGGCGCCGGGAAAACGAGUUAAGAGGGGAGUAUUGUGUUGGUUCGUUCCUCGUUGACGGUGUGUGUUCUACGCGUGUGUGUAAUUGUGUACUGUGAGCCGUCUCGCCGGGAAUACACGGGAGGAUCGUUGGAGGCUCACUCAAUUGUAUAUGUAGUCUGUGCUCCAUACUUUUAUCGUGUCUUUCGUGUUAAGUUCCUCGGAGUUUUUCAGGACUUUCACUCCGAGCUGAAUCAUCAAUUCUGAUUAUUCAUUGAUGAAUUAUCAUGAGGGAUUAUAGCAUCGUAGAAGCUUUUCGAGAUACGCUGUUAUUGAAGAAUUAAAGUUUUUUUCUAACUCUUGAAAGAUAUUUUUAUCAAUAGCCAGCUUUAUUUAUUUAAUCAAUCGUAGAAUACGUCAUUCCAGUCAAUGAUGAUACUAGUUUAUAGCUAUGAAAUAACUUGGUUGAUUUAAACAGAAACACAAGACUUGAAAUAGAGCUUCGUGACAGACAAAAGAAUAUUUAAGCUUAGUUACUAAUAAUAAUGUUGAGAAAAAAAGAUAUUAUUUAAGUGUAAUCGGUGAAUGUUGCAAGUGUUAGAUACAUUUGAUUUUAUAAAUAUUAACAUUUAAGCUUAAAGUUCUGAAACAAUUAAAUUUUGACGUAGAUCUUUUUGAGAUAGAUCUUCAACAGAUGAAAAUAUAUUCUAAGCUUACAAAGAAGUCAACUAAUCAUAAUAUAUGUUAUUAUCUAAUUAUUAAGAGCAGUGUUGCCGAAGGCUGUGACAAACUCUAAAACCAUUUCAAGUAUACGAUUGAUUUUCGUGCAAUGCCGAGAUGUUGCAAUGAGAAUAAAAUAGUGAGCCCUGUGAGCACGAAUAAUAAAGUCGAGACCAAUACUGAGAAUAUUUUACUCACAUCUACUCGUGCAUAUCCUAUUGGUAAUUCUAAUACAGUUGAUUUUGAUGAUGACAGUAAUCAUCCCAUUGUAGAAAAAUCACACAGAAAAUUGCGUUGUGACUUGAGUCCAGUACCGACUAAUUCUUCUAGUCGUUUAAAUAUCAAACUUCUUAAUCUAAAGACUGAGCGAGGACAUCGUCAAGAGCAUUGUCAGGUGGGCACAGGUGGAGGAGGGUGUAGAGGACGUGAAAAAGAUUCGAAAAAGAGAGCAGCUAUAGGCAACGUAGUGCGAGGGUUAUUUCCAUCUGGCCAUUCCAGACAGGACAGGUAUGAGGCAAGCAGGCAACGUGCGUCAGGCGGAGCUAGUGUUGGCCUGUCUGGUUUAUGUCCAAAGCUGGUGGCCAGUGGUGCCGGAAGUAGUCAAGGAGGAAUUGGUCUUGGAGUGGGUCAUAUAGCCUCACAAGAGACCGGAGGAACUUGCGGUAUUGUUAAUGCGCAGAAGACUCACAAUAGUCACCAUAAUCGCCGUCAGCGUAAAUUAUCAAUUAUUAAUCAAGUUGGUUCAAGCGCUAGUAAAUCCUCCUCAACGAAUCGUUCAUUGACAAACAGUAAAAAACAGCACCGUAAUUUGAGUGACAGUAGUGUCGAAACAGCCUCGAUAACGAGUAAUGGAGUUGUAUCUGGUGGCUCACCAUCGCCAAAGAAAAAAACUAACAGCAUUUCUGAUGCGUCUUGUUCGUCGCAAAACUCGCAGUUAAUAACGAGAGAUUACAGCAGCGGUGACACUGCUUGCAGUGAUGCUGAGGAGGUGGUAGAAAUUAUGUCAAGAGUAUCAGGCAUUGAUUCAGUGUCUAUUCUACCAGCUGUUAAGGGUAAAUCUAAUAAAUUAAAAGAUAAUGAUAAUAAUAAGACUGUUGAUAAUAGUCCACUAGUCGAGACUGACUCGGCGUGUAACGAUGAUAAUAAUGGGUUUAAAAAGUCGUUCCACGAGACACAAGAUGCUCCUGAAAAUUCUAAAACUAUCCCGGCGUCCAGUAAAAAAUUAUCACAAAAAAGUUUGGAUGUUGAUUAUUCAAACCAAGUCAAAAAACGAUCGAUGAUGCGCUCUUCGAGUCAUCCCAGGUCUAUGGACAGUAUGGACAAACAUCAAUCGCCAAGUGGAACAAAAUCGGAGGAACGGAGUAGAAAAACUUCUAAAGAUUCUGGAGUAGAUUCUGGUGAUAGGAAAAAAAAUUCUAAUGACUCGGUGUCACAAAUACCUAAGAGAAAGAUUUCAACAGAAUCUACGGAUAAUUGUGAUUCAAAUAUUAGGAAAAAUUCAACUAAAACAAUUAAUAAUGAUAGUGAAAAUGAUAUUAUAAGUUCAAGUGAUAGUAGUGAAAAGACAAAAUUAGAAAAGAUUAAAAAUACAAGAUUUGUUACUUCUAAGGUUACUGAAGAAUCAACGAUUGUAGAAAAUAGAGAAACGGAAAUGACGGCUAAUAUUGAAGAGGAUAAUAAUCAAGUAACGAUAUAUGAAGAUGAUAAUAGUACGAGUAUCAGUGAUAUUGUAGCAGCUCAAGCUCUAAGAGAGUCAUUAAGUAAAUUAGGAAAAGUUAUUACAUUUGAUGCUGAGCAAGAUUUUCAAUCUAAUAAUAAAAGUCAAAGUUUCAGUGAGAAUGAUCCACCAAAAGAGGCUGAGGCUAAAGACCAAGUGCAGGUCCAAGAAGAAACUGUUGAAGGAUUUAUUGGACCAUUGUUGGAUGAAAAUUUUAAAGCUGAUGAAAAGCUUGAAAAACAAAAGACCAUGCCGAUGGAAGAUGUAAGAAAUUUACUUAUGAAAGUUAAGGUACAAACUGUUGAGGAUAAGGAUGAAGAAAAGGCUAUUGGUAUGUCUCCUGAUGAACGUUUUCUUAAAUUUGAGGAAGAAAUUGGACGUGGAAGUUUUAAAACUGUCUACAGAGGUCUGGACACUCAAACUGGAGUUUCUGUUGCUUGGUGUGAACUUCAAGAAAAAAAAUUGAAUAAAAGUGAACGUAUGAGAUUCCGUGAAGAAGCUGAAAUGCUCAAGGGUCUUCAGCAUCCUAAUAUUGUUAGGUUUUAUGAUUACUGGGAAGUCACUCUUACCAAAAGAAAAUACAUUGUUCUUGUUACUGAGCUUAUGACCUCAGGAACAUUAAAAACAUAUUUAAAAAGAUUCAAAAAAAUAAACCCAAAAGUUGUUAAAUCAUGGUGUCGACAAAUUUUAAAAGGUUUAAGUUUUUUACAUUCGAGAUCACCUCCUAUAAUUCACCGUGACUUAAAGUGUGAUAAUAUUUUUAUUACUGGAACAACUGGAAGUGUAAAAAUAGGCGAUUUAGGUUUGGCAACUUUAAAAAACCGAAGUUUUGCAAAAAGUGUUAUUGGAACACCAGAAUUCAUGGCACCAGAGAUGUACGAAGAACAUUAUGAUGAAUCUGUAGAUGUAUAUGCCUUUGGUAUGUGUAUGCUCGAGAUGGCUACGUCUGAAUAUCCAUACUCAGAGUGUGCUGGACCAGCGCAAAUUUAUAAACGAGUCGUAUCAGGUGUUAAGCCACUGAGUUAUGACAAAGUUGAAAAUCCCGAAGUACGUGAGAUAAUAGAAAUGUGUAUACGUUUAAAAAAAGAUGAACGUCCUUUGGUUAAAGAUUUAUUAAACCACGAAUUUUUUGCUGACGACAUAGGUUUGAAAUUAGAAAUGGUAUCCCGUGAAACAGCGGUAGCUGAUCCCGAAUUGUCUAGAGUUGAAUUUAGAUUGCGUGUUCUUGAUCCUAAGAAGCGUACCAACAAGCACAAAGAAAACGAGGCUAUACAGUUUGAUUUUGACAUACAAAGAGAUAAUGCUGAAGAGGUAGCAUUGGAAAUGGCCAAGUCUAGUUUGAUUCUUGAAGAAGACGCCAAGGCAAUUACUAAGAUGUUAAAAUCACAAAUUGCUACUUUGCUGAGAGAGCGUGAAGAUCGUAAAAAUAAAGAAGAAAAAGAACGUAUUGAUAGGGACGUUGAAACUCAGUCUGCUAAUGAAUCAUUGUUGCAACAACAGCAACAGCAGCAGCAAUUGUUACUGCAAGUACAAUUGCAGCAACAGCAAAUUCAGUCGAAUAUAAAUAUGUUGCAAGGACAGGUAUCAAUUCAACAACCGAUGCAGAUUCAGCAGCAAAUUAUCCAGCAGCAACAUCAAGAUCAACAGCAACAACCACAGCCACAGCAACAACAACAACAGCCACUUUUACAACAAAAUCAACAAGGCCAACAAGCAUGUCUGCAGCCACAACAAGUCCAGAUUAUUCAGCAGCAACCGCUGAUGCAACAACAACAAACUUCUGUGGUCCAGCCUCAACAAGCUCAACAAAUUCCUCAAGCUGUUCAAAAUACUCAACAGUCUGUACAGUAUCAACAACAACAACAACAGCAGCAGCCACAACAACAACAACAACAGCAACCACAACAGCAGCAGCAGUCGCCGCAACAAUUUCAAUCUCAAGCUCAAUCCCAACCGCAAUAUUCUCAACAUGUUGGACAAGCUUUAAGUGCAAACUCCUCACAGUGCUCCACACCACAAACUAUCCAAGGUCCACCACAAUUUCCUUCUAUUCAACAGCAUAUACAACCACAAGUACAGCCGCAAUUGCAGCAGCAGUCUUCAGUUCAGCAACCUACAAUUCAAACUCAAAUCCAGCAGCCUCAAAUGCAUCAACAUCCCCAAAUGCAACCUCAACUUCAACAGACUCAGAUGCCGCAGAUGCAAUCUCAGCCUCAGAUCCAACAACAGCCUCAAAUUCAGCAACAACAGCAGCCCCAAAUUCAGCAACAACAGCAACCUCAGCCUCAAAUCCAGCCCCAGCAAACUCAAAUGCAAUCUCAGCCUCAACAACAGCUUCAACAGCAGCAGCCACAAAUGCCGCCUCAGAUACAAUCUCAGUCUCAGAUACCGCAACAGCAGCUUCAGAUGACAACCCACAGUCAGCCACAGCAAAUACAGCAGACUCUGCAGCCUCAAAUUCAGCAACCUUCUCAGAUUCUCCAACAGCCGCAGCCGUCGCAGCAGUACAUGCUUAAUCAGAUGUCUGUGCCGUCACAGAUGCCUUUGUCGACUCAAGUACCAGCUCAAAUGCAGUCUGCGAUGCAGAUGAACCAUCCUCAGCAACAGCAAGUUAUUCGACAAGGUCAGACACAUAUUCAGUACACUCAGACUCAAAUGCAACAACAGCUUCAGCAAAUCCAUCCUAAUGCUGUUAAUUCAGCGCCAAUGCUGCAGCAAAAUGUCCAGCAGUAUUAUCAACAAGGCAAUACUAGCACUGCUGCAUUUACCAACGCGACUUUGUAUCAACAACAUAUUUAUCAAUCGUAUCCUAAUAAUUCAAACGCGACUGGACAUAUUGAGAUUUUGCAAUCUGGACACAAUGCUCAGGCUAUUUAUUCAAACACAAAUGUUCCUUCUAACGUGGUGAUACCUACAGGGCAGAAUUUUGUUUCAACUUCAGGGCAACCUGGUCAAAUUGUCAUUCAAUCUACUCCAAAUGUUCAGAACUCUCCGGCGAUUCAAAAUGUCCAUCAGCAAAAUUUACAGGCGAGUCCUUGCGCUAAUAUACAAAAUACUUCUGUGUUGCAAUCACAACAGCAGAAUAUGUUGGUGCAGAUGCAGUAUACUCAAAAUGUAAAUGCUAUUCCAGCUAAUAUGAAUAUUAUUCAGAAUAAUAGCAGUGCUACGCAGUCGACUAACAUUCAACAUCAAUCCCAGUUGAUAAAUGCUACUGAGAUUUAUAAUACUGCUGAGAAAAGUGUGUUGAAUAAACAGGACACUGUUGAGUCUGUUCUGUCAGUAACUUCUGAUGGACCUUUAAGUUUACAACAAGAGCAGCAAUUAAUUGCUCAAAAUUCUGUAUCUUCAGCGCAAUUGCCCAGCUCUUCUGAUGGACAUCAGGAAAGCACAGAGGGUACGGUGCCAUCGGAAAAGAGUCGAGUUAAAAGAUCAGGAACAAAGCGUCGCAAAACGGGAAUUAAAUUAACAGUAUUAUCAGUGACCAACAGUGAUGGUUCAUCGAUGACCGUAGAAUGUCAAUUAGACACGAGCAAACAAAAAACAGUAGUAUUUAAAUUUGAUCGUAAUGACAUGGUACCGUUAGAUAUUGCUAAUAAUUUGGUGGCUGAAAAUUUGUUACCACAAUCACAGUGUGAUACUUUUGUUGAAUUAAUUGAGGACAUUGUUAAACAAUUAAGAUUAGAUCCAACGCGUAGUCUUCCUCUUGUUGCUCAUGGACCAGCUGAUCAGUCUGCUGGGGGAAGUCCUGUUACUAGUCGUAGACCAAGAGCUCGAGAGUACAAUCUUGAUGCGGUUAAGCAGGUCAGACACGGCUCGCUAACUCGACAAAGCAGCCAUCGAUGUUCCUAUAAAGCUCAUCGUAGGCAUCGUUCGAGAGACGAAACAACAAAUUCAGGGUCAUCAAAAAUAUUGCCAAUCGACCAGAUAAUAUCUCACAUUGCUGCGACUACAAUAGAUAAUAAACCACAACAGAUUAGUACCGUAAAUUCAAUAGAAAAUCUAAAUAUAGCAGCAACUACUACAGAAAACAGUAUGUCUGACGAAAUAUCAAGGCGAUCUUCAACUUCAACACAAAAUACAGACACAUUGACACCGGUAAAUAUUCCAAGCGACUCAAACGACAAUUGUGAGACUAUUGUAGGUGAAGACAUACCUUUAGACUCUACUAAUACCAGUAUGGAGGACUCAAACGACACACAAAAAUUAUCAGGCAUAGAAUCUAACUCACAAAAUGAUCCAACUAAUUCAAAAGCAGAUGAUGAAAACACUUCUGAAACUACGACACAAAUUCAAUCAAACCGUAAAUUAGAAUCUCAAGAAAGCAGUUGUGAAUCUUCUCAAGAGGGAUUUUUAGAGCCUAAAAAAUCUGUUCCAAUGCGUAAAGUUUCACGAUUUUUAGUCAGCCCUGUUGUUGAACAAAAAUCUAUUAGCGAGUCUGAUACAGUUACCGUUUGUGAAAAUGUACUGAAGUUACCUCAGCAAUUAUCAGGAUUGAAUUUAGAAAAUAGUCUUGCAAAUACUGAAUCAGAGUCUAAUUUAAAUGAGAUGGAUAAUAGCAGUGAAGUAUCAUAUGCAAAACAAUUACAACUGGCGCAACAAUCACAACAAUCACAAAAUAUGAAUCAAGUUCAAAUGGGAGUACAGCAAACGAUGGGUCAAAUGCUUCCUAAAGGAGUUGUUACUCAAACAAAGCAAGAGACAGUAGUUCUGGUACAGACAACAAACCUAGCUCAGCAAACUAACCCUCAAUUGCUUCAAAACGUUCAAUUUCAACCUAAUACUGCUGGAGUACAGCAACAAGAGCAACCUUUGACUCAGUAUCAAACGCAAGUUACAGUUCAACAGCAUUCUGUGAUUCAGCAUCAACAUCAACAGCAAGUUGGCAUUCAGCAGCAAAAUAUUGUGCAGCAGCACAUCCAGGAUCAGAUAUCAGUUGGUCAGGUUCAGCAUCAAAUCCCACAACAGUUUAUUCAGCAGACACUCUCUCAACCAGCUGUUCAAAAACCACAGCCUCAAACUGCUUCUCAUCCCUGUGUUCUGAUGCAGCCUUUGCCGCAGCAAAUUCAGCAGAAUAAUGUUGAAGAGUGGCUUUGCAGAGGCUCCAGUGUUUCUUCAGACUCUCACACGUCUGAAACUCCGAGUGUAACACAGCUACAUCAGCCGGAUCAUAAUCAGGUUGGAACUGCUGAUCAGCAGUAUCAAAAUGUUCAUCAGAAUUUACAGAAUGUUAAUCUUGCUACUCCGAUGCAAAUGUCAGCACAGUCUGUGGAAGUUACACCGAAGGUUAAAGCUAAAGAAGUUUCUUCUACUCUUCCGGAUCUUGCUCAGAAUCUUGCUAAUAUUUUGUCUAAUCCUAAAAAGUCUACCACGCCGCAUAAUAUUAUCAGUCAUGAUCAGUUGAAUGCUACGGCGGCUAAUCAGCAUCAGUCGAUUCCGGUUCUGCAUUCUGAACAAUAUUUCCAACCUAUACAGCCUGAGAUGCCGCAAAUGAAUAUGCAGACUUAUGUUCAGUCCCAGAAUUUCCAAGGACAACCUCAACAGCAAGGAAUUCAUGCGCAGGCUCAAAAUCAACAAGAGGUACAGCAGAGUAAUUAUUCUCAGAUUCAGAAUCAAAAUGAGGUUCAACAGCAACAACAGCAGCAACCUCAGCAGCAGGUUUAUCAUCAACAAAUCCAAAGCCAAGCUGAUGUACAACAACAGCAGCAACAACAGCAACAAAUUUAUCUAUCUCAAAUUCAAAACCAAGUUGAUGUUCAACAACAGUAUCAUUCCCAAAUUCAAAGCCAAACUGAUAUUCAGCAACAACAGACUUAUCACUCGCAGAUUCAGAACCAGGCUGAGGUUCAACAGCAAGUUUAUCAUCAACAGAUCCAGAAUCAAACUGAUAUUCAACAGCAACAACAACAACAACAACAACAGCAAGCUUAUUCACAGAUUCAAAAUCAAACUGAUGUCCAGCAUCAACAUGUUUAUCAUACACAGAUUCAAAAUCAGCCUGAGUUAUUACAACAACAACAACAACAACAGCAGCCGCAAAUCUAUCAUUCUCAUCAACAACAACCAAUUCAAUCGGUGGCUCAACAACAACAACCACAACAACAGCAACAAUCUCAACCACCAAUGCAGCAAAUGAACCAACAAAUAGAUCUUCAGAGCCAGGUUGUAACACAAACGAUUCAAGGCCACAGUCAAAACUUCACAGUUCAGGGUCAGUGGGUAAUGCCAGCUUACUCUGGUCACAACGUUGCUCAAUCUGCGCCAAUGCAAUACGUCCAACAGCCUAUUCAAAAUUUGCAACCUGUUGCUCAGAUACAGUCACAAUCACAAGAGCAAGAUAAUUUGAAGUUUCCGGAGUCGGACAAUACAGUUGAUGGAAGUGUCAGUAGAAGAACUAGCUCGGAUUAUCAUACUCUAUCCGAGCAUGAAAAUUCUAGCUAUGAAAUAACUCCUGAGCACACGAUGGUAGUAGACUCUGCGGAUCUUGGAUCAAAUUCUCACUAUUAUUUCCCUCAGCAGCAGCAGCAGCAGCAUAAGCUGAGCCAGCAGAACUCGCUGGAUAAAUUAUCAGAGACUGCUAAUAAUAGUAGUGGGACUUGUGGGCCGCAUACAAUAGCGGACCUUCAUCAGAAGCUUGUUCAAUUAACCAGCCAGCCUUGUGAUACGCUAAACAUUGGAACGCCGCCGAUAAGCCACCCGGCAACUCCUCAUGGGCAGUCAAACAAUCUGUGCUAUGAAUCAUCAGCAGCUGGACAUCAUUUGCCGCAAAAAACAUCGGUCAAUAUACCAACCUCCGUCCACUCGAUUGGAUUUGUCUCUCCUCAGGCUACUGUCCAUCCUCCGGGAACUAUUUACAUUGACGCCAAUGCCAUCAAUACCUUUGACAGCAAUCAGAGUGACCAAACAAUGUCACAGUUUGUUCAAUCAAACACUGAAAGUGCGCUAGAUAGUCCGACUUUGAAUCAAUCUUCUAAUGCUGAGACAAUGAGUCCUAGCAAAGAGAGUAAGUCUAGAAGUCAGCGAUCAGGUUCUCGCUUUCAAGAACUGGAGCAUGAGUUGUCUAAGAUUCAUCACCGUGGGCUAGUUCUUUCUACGUCUUCGCCGCAGCCGAUAACUCCGCCAGUCUCGGCUAGUAAUACUCAGCAAAUUUUUAAUCAAUUCCCGCCACAGUCUGUCACUCAGACUCUUCUGACUCCGGUUAUUCCGGUGUCUAGUGUGGCCAAAACAACGCCUGUCACUGGAACACCCGGAACUGAGACUCCUGGACAAGUUGAUACUCCUGGACAAGAUACUAGUGAACAAAAAGCUUCUUCAAGUCAACCAACUCGGAAAAUUUCGAGAUUCAUGGUAUCCAAGGUUGUUGGACCGCCUGGUACGGGUGAAAUUUUGUCACAAACUCAAUUGGAACAGAAACAGGUUCAACUUCAGGAUGAUAAAAGAGAACGGACACAUACUAUUCAUCAUAUGGAUGAUAUUCAAAGUACAUCAGUUCAAGUAAUUCACAGCCGUGAAAGUUCAAUACCGCCAAUUUCAUCUUCUACACCAUCUAUUACUGAAAUUGAGAAAGAAGAAAGGAUACAAUUAUUGACUCCAAGCGAAGAGUAUCAAAUGUUAAUAAAAAGACAAACGUUAGAAUUGGAAACGUUGCAAAAGAAACACAGAGAAGAAUUGGAGCUUUUCCAGCAGCAACAGCUCCAGUUGCUGAUACAACAGCAGCAACAGGCGAGCGCGUUGCACCAACAUCAACACCAACCUCUUUUAUACCACACUGUUGCCUCAACUGUUACAGGACCAUCAAGACCUUUGGCAGUAGAGGAUUACUUGAUGUUCAGCACAGCUCCACAGACAUCUUUCCAUCGUAUUUCCAAUUAUUCGCAGGAUACAGAAGAGACAUUGCGCCUAGCAACCCAGAAGUUGAAGCAGACACCUCAACAGCACACGGGUAUUCCUCAUACUUAUGUGAUACCAAUUCCAAUAAUGCCAUCAGCAGACAAUAUUCAAAACGUUCCAAAUUAUACAUCAGAACCAGAAAUAAUCGGGUCUACAAAUAGUCCAACGACUGUGUCAAGCCAUCCGCAGUAUCAGUUGACUCCAAUACUCUCUGAUGGCAGUAUUGGAUCCGGACCAAGCGGCUCUUUAGUCGCCUCAUCGGCAAUACCAACAGCCAGUGGACCCAGUUACAUUCACUAUCAUGAUCCAAAGACUUUAGCCAAUUUUCAAGCAUUCAGUUAUACACCUCACAGUGGAUUUUUCCUGCCUGCUGGCUACCGUCUUAUUUACGCACCGACUGGGACUCCUCAGUCCCAACCAACAACUCCGGCUACGCCUCACAUUGGCAAUUCACGCGAUGGUACUCCUCCAGGAGAGCCACAAUCGGAACAUACCCAAUCCAGCACUUCCCAAUUAGAACAGUAAUAUUUUUAAUAAUUCAUCGUCGUGGUUUUAUUAGUGCGUUUAUCAAUUUAUGUGUUAUUAUUUAUUCUACUUUUA